AUGAACCUUCAACCGCCCCCGCAUCUUCCCGUUCCUCAGGAUGACGGCGCCUGCGACCAUUUAUCCGCUCAUCCCUCCCUGUCAUCGAUUGCUUUACCCAGCACAGAGGAGACCAAUGUCAACAUCUCCACCCUAGAUGGGUUGACCAUAGUUUUUUGCUAUCCCCGUACCGCUCAAGCCAACGAAGAAAUUCCGGAUUCGUGGAACAACAUUCCCGGGGCUCGAGGCUGCACACCCCAGGCGUGCUCCUUUCGAGACAAUCUCCCGGAGCUGAAGAAACUAGGCGUGAAUCAUCUCUUCGGGCUGAGCACCCAGUCAACCGAGGAACAGAAAGAGGUGCACGAGCGGUUGCACCUUGCAUACCCACUGCUAAGUGAUUCCAAGCUGGAAUUCGUGUCGAGUCUAUCGUUGCCGGUAUUCAAUUGGAACGAAAUGAAAUUGGUCAAACGCAUAACGCUGGCGAUCCGGAAUGGCAAAGUCAUUCACCAUUGGUACCCGAUCUUCCCUUCUCAUAAGAAUGUGGAUUUCGUGUUGGAGUGGCUGCGCGAGAAUCCAUCGAGCGCCCUAUCGGAUUGA